GAACGGGGAGGGAUGGGGGGGGGGCGGUUCUGUGGGCUCGGGUCCGCCCUGAGGUGAAGUUGUGUGUCUGUCUGUGUGUCCGUGUGUCUGUCUGUGUCUGUGUGUCUGUCUGUGUGUAUCUGUGUGUCUGUCUGUCUGCCGGUGUGUCAGCCGCUCUCCGUCUCCCUCGCUGUGUCUGUGUCUGUGUGUAAGAUGGCGCCGUAGCGGCAGUUCCCCUCAGCCCGUUCCUCCUCACCCCCGCCAUGAAGCUGAUCAUCCUGGACACCUACGCUCAGGCCAGCGAAUGGGCCGCCAAAUACAUCCGGAACCGCAUCGUACAUUUCGGACCGGGACCGGGACGCUUCUUUACUUUGGGGUUGCCCACAGGCAGCACUCCGCUGGGCUGCUACGGAAAACUGGUGGAAUACUGCAGGAACGGGGACCUCUCCUUCAAGUACGUGAAAACCUUCAACAUGGACGAGUACGUGGGUCUGCCCAGAGAACACCCAGAAAGCUACCACUCCUUCAUGUGGAAUAACUUCUUUAAGCACAUUGACAUCUCACCAGAAAACGUUCACAUCCUGGAUGGAAAUGCUCCUGAUCUGCAGGCAGAGUGUGAUGCAUUUGAGGAUAAAAUCCAAGCAGCUGGAGGCAUUGAACUCUUUGUUGGAGGGAUUGGCCCUGAUGGUCACAUUGCCUUCAACGAGCCUGGAUCCAGCCUGGUGUCCAGAACACGAGUCAAGACCUUGGCUAUGGACACAAUCCUGGCUAAUGCCAGGUUCUUUGAUGGUGACCUCUCCAGAGUCCCCACCAUGGCUCUGACAGUGGGAGUGGGCACUGUCAUGGAUGCCAGAGAGGUGAUGAUCCUUAUCACAGGAGCCCACAAAGCCUUUGCUCUCUACAAAGCCAUCGAGGAGGGUGUCAACCACAUGUGGACAGUGUCUGCUUUCCAGCAGCACCCCAACACUGUGUUUGUGUGUGAUGAGGAUGCCACGCUGGAGCUCAAGGUCAAGACAGUCAAGUACUUCAAAGGUUUAAUGCUGGUUCACAACAAGCUUGUGGAACCCUUGUACAGCAUGAAGGAGAUGGGAGCAGAGCAAAGCCAAGCUAAGAAGCCAUACAGUGAUUAAUGCCCCUGCUCAGAGGAGUGCUGAACCAGCUCUUCUGCUGAAAACCAGCUGUGGAAACAAAGGGAACUGCUGCAGAAAGCCCUGGCAUAAUUGUUCUUAAAUUAGCAAACUGAUUGUGUGCUCACUUCAUUAAGAGGACAGAUGCCCAACACCUGCCUUAAUGAACCAAAUGAAGAUGGGAUCAGACACCCUGCUCCACAAGCUGCUGCCACUCACUUCCCCUGAAGGUAAAGUCAACAGAAAAUGAGUUGUUUCAUCUAGGAAGCCACUGUAAUUAAUUAGUGUGGGGUGAGGGCCCCAAAAUUGCACUGUGAAGAUAGCUGGGACUGCAGUGCUGCAGAAAGCACAUGGGUGCUCCCUUUGGGAUCUGUUCCCUGCAGUUAGGACAAAUACCUUGGGUGUCACUCCCCCUCCACCAAACACUCUGACUUUAUAGGAAUUUUAAAUGGGAACUGGGGUUGUUCAGCCUGGAGAAGGGAAAGCUGCACUGAAUCCUGCAGUUUAUCUUUAGUUUACACACCUGUGGGGGUUUAUGUGUUGUCCCACAAGCAGCCUCACAGUUCCAUGUCAGGCUGGGAUUUUCUGUGCCUGAUGAUGUACUCCAGGGGCUGGAGCUGUUCCCAUGAAGCAGAAAUGGUUUCUCUCCCUGCUGCUCAGUUUGUGUCAGGGCAGAGCCUGGAGCAGGGACUUCUCACUCUCUCCCCACUUCCAGAGCUUUCUGUUGCUCCAAGGAAAUGCCAAAUGAGCCUCCCAAGAAACCCUUCCCUCUGGCCUGUGGGUUACUGCAGAAGCCCCACAGCAACCUUUUGGCAAUCCCAAAACCUGAUUCCUGGGUUUCCUGUCAGACACUCACACGAGGGGCAAGAGAGCCUGGGGAGAAUUCAUUUUCUUUAUGCAGAAAUUCUGUAAGUUCUUGCUCUGCACUGUAACUUCCUACAGUAAAUGUCUUAAUUUUUUCCUAA